AUGCUGGUAAAUGGGGCGUGCUGUGUUAGCGCUCAACUACCUACCUCAACGGCCUCAGCCUGCCACUCUGGAGGAUUGAUUCCCGCGUUGACCGUCAGACGCGGAGAAGCUGAAGGCGAAGGUCUCCGGAUCACCGGCUUCCCAGCUCCACCAUGGCAAACAUGUGGGUUGGGAUCGGGCUGUGUACGGGAAAUUUGUCCACCCACUGACCCACUACCCUUGAAAGAUCCGCCACUCGAAAGGUAG